ACUCACACUCCGCAGCAACUGGGUUUGUUUAUAAGACAGUUUGCUGAAAUAAAAGAUGUAAAGAGAAUUCCUGUUUCACGUGGGAGUCUCUCAUCAAAAUUUAUCUCGAUUUCUGACGCUUACGCACAGGGUGCACUGUUGAUGUCGAAUGAGGCUAUGGCAUUUGCGGAUCUUCUCAAUGGUUUAAAUGUCAUUGACUUCUGCUUUGUUCUGAAAGAUAAUUUGUCUCUACUUGAUGCUCCAUUGGCUCCUAUUGACUAUCAGUGGUGCAUAGAUCCACAUUCCAGUAAUGGUUCAUCAGAAGAAAGCCACACUCAACAUGGGUUUGAAAAGUGUCUUUCAUCGUUGAUUGAGCAAAAGAGUUAUUUGGAGGAGGCUGUGUCAACGGCUCGAUCUCGUCUGGAUGAACUGGACAAGGAGGUGACCACUUUGACAUCUGAAAAUUCUACUCUUCGAGAAGUUAAGGCUGAUAUGGAAGCCGAAAUUUCCAAGCUGGGAGAGGAGAACAAUAGGUUAUCUAGUCUCCUCCAGGAGGUGCAAAGUGAACUAGAGGUUGUUCGUGAGACCUUCAAACAUUCAAGCUUAUCUCUGGAUACGCAGAACCUGGAACUUGAACGCCAGCUGAACGAGGAGAAGAGGCGUAGACUUGCUUCCGAAGAAUCUCUUGCCCACGAGAGGGAAGCCAGAUGUGCUGCUGAAACCGAGUUGACACGUUUAAAGACAUUGAGCAGUGAAAGGGAAACUUGUCUGACGGAGUAUAGAAGUCAAAUUGCAGCUAUGGUAGCUUUGAACAAGGGAUUUUCUGAAAAGCUUCGGAGUGUAUCGGCUGAACUCGAGGCCAGCAAUAAGCGUGCCGGUGACCUUCAAGAAAAGAUGGAUGGAAUGUCAUCUGUAUUGGCGGGUAUGAAUGAAAGGUGUAAUCAUCUAAAGGAGGAAAAAGUGGCAAAUGAAAAGUCUCUGCAAGAAGCGAUUGACCGCGCCAAUCAGGCGGAUCGAAUGUGUGUCCAAUUGCAGGCUGAUCUUGAGGCGAAUCGAGAGUUCACGCAGAACUUACAAUCGCAGCUGGAUGAGGUCUACGUUGAUCUGGCCAGUGUUAAAGCACUGCAAGAGAACUUGGACAGGAAGAGUCAGUGUAUCACAAGCGUUUGUUUCGUGAUCUUCAGUGUUGUUGCUGUUGUCUCUUCAGAUUAA